AUGGCGAUCCCGCCUCUGCGGGCGUCGGAUCUGUCCUCGCCCAGCCCAAGCAUCGCACCGCAGCGGGAGCGGACGCGCAGCGUGGGGACCCGGCUCAGAACCUCGAUCACUCGCGAUGACGCUGAAAGGGUGCUGCCAGCAUCCUCCUCACAAGUGGAGACGCUGGCGCGCGAUGCAACGACGACGUGCGAACAACAGCUAAUGCAAGAGGAGGAGCUGUGUGGUCCCUCGUAUCGCGAGGUCGAAGGCCGACGUCCCUCAAGAGCUCUAAGCCCCAGCGGUGCCGGCGACACAAGCGGCGUCGAGGACGGAGGCCGCGCCCGUGGCAGGGAGUACGUGGAGGACAGCGACGACGAAGAUGUGUACAACUCGCACGUUGCACGACGAAUCCGUGCCUUUCUCGAUAGCAUUAAGGCGGAGGACUUUACGCGCAAUCCGUCGCCGGUAGACGUGACAGGCAUGGCGGCUAACGGUGAGGGUAUAGACGAGGAGGCGCUGCGCCAGCAGUGGCUAGAACGGGCGACAGUCGAUGAGGCUCGUAGCAUCGCAGCGGAGGCGCAGCGCGAGCUCCUGAUUGUUCUCCACGACGCCAUCACGCUGGAGACGGACUUGGCAGAGAUGAGCGAGGAUGCUGCCGUGCUCGAGCGUGCCGUCAAUCAUCGGGAAGAGACCGUCGAGAUGCUGAAGAUGCAGCUCAGCAUAGCUGAUGAGUACAACGAGGAACUGCACGGCGCCAAGAAGGAGGCGCUGCGCAAGCUCAGUGAUGCUAAGACAGAGAUCGCGCUGCUCAGCCAGCGCAAUGCGACGCUGUCGAAGCAACUGCACGAAAAGGAGAAGGCGCUGCAGCUGAGUCUUGCGAGGAGUGCCAGUGCCUCGGCGCGCACGUCGCCGCCGGCGGCGGAGCGCAGGGAUGAGGGCACCAUCACAACCGCGGAGCUGCAGUCGGCGUUGAUAGCGGCCACGGCCAGUACCGGGCUGCCCAACAACGGCAGCCUAUCCACCCCGUCCUCCCCGGCGCAGCACGGUGAAUGCGAGCUAAAGGGGAUGCUUCGGAAGCUGCAACUUGUCUGCGACACGCUUCAGUCCACAGUAACGGCGAAGGCCGACCUAGAUCAGCAGCUGCGGCAGUGGACGAUGGGCGUCGGGGAGUCGCGGGCCGACGCCGCCGCAUGUGGUUCUGCAAGCAGUGAUGCUGGCAUCUCUCAGCCGCACGGAGAGAGAUGCGCCCCCACGGACGCGGAGCAGCGCCUGCUGCGGCGUCGGUGCGAAGACGUCGCUCGCUGCAUCGACUCCCUCGAGAACGAUAUACGAAUGCUGCGGGCGAAGGUUCGGGCGCAGCAGGCGUGCACCGACGCUGUGGAGGGCGGUAGCGCUGGACGCCGCAGAAGUGCAGCGGAGGCCGAGGCAGCCACCCGGCCGCAGCCAGUGGAGACGCCCGGUCCGGCUUCCGCAAGCGCCACCUUACCAGAGGGGCCAGGCGGCAGCGGUGGCUGUGCUGAGCCUGCGGACUCUAACCUAGCGUUUCUUCAGCGGCAGCUCGACCGUGCACAGGCGGACGCGCGGCGGCUCGAGAGCGAACUGCGCGCAGAGCGUGAAAAGUCGCAGCGACAGAGCGCGGCCGAGAAAAAGCUCUUGGAGAAUGUUGCCUACCUCACCCGGAAACUGCGUGCCCGCGAGGCGCUGGAUCGUGAGGCACGCUUGCAGCGCCGGGGCGAGAAGGGCGGUACGCAUGGCGACGGCGGCGACACUGCCGAUGGGCGCCGGACUUUGCUUUACCCUCACCGCUUCAGUCACGGAGACAGUGCUGGUGUGCGGCGCGGGGCGAGCACAGCCGCGGGGGACGUUUGUGGCGAAGGCGCCCCGACGUCGGCUCUGCGCCGUGUGAAUCGGGAAGCCGAUGCUGUCGGUAUGGGUGCUGCCACGGCGGCUGCCCGGAAAGGUCGCGCGAACUCACAAGAGCUGCGCCAGCGUAGAGAGUCGGUCUUUGCGGCGCUGCGCGACGCUCAAAGGGCCAGCGAUGAGCGCCGCUCCUCCCACGUUGUGAGCGACACACGGCGCAGCUCAGAUGUGCAGACGUCCUUCUCCCCUAUCCUACCGACUUCCUCGUCGCGCGACGCAGCGCUGAAGGCGAGCGGCAACGCAGUCAAGAGCGGCACGAGAGCUACCACACCCACCUUGACUCCGUCGCGUGGCUAG